AUGGUCGCUUCUCUCGCAGCACUCGCGCUUCCUCCGCUCCCCGAGUUCCACCUUGCCUCGCUUCCCCCUAUUGCGGACGACGCGCUCAAGCUUACUGUCUUCACGCACUCAAGUUGGCACCGGUCUAUCCGCAACGCCCAAGCUUUGAGACCCGAUUAUCAGCUCCCCGGGGAUUAUGAGAAGCUCGAGCACGUCGGUGACACAAUCAUGGGGGCCAUGGUCACUCUCCUCCUCCAGGACCUCUAUCCCAACCUUCCUUCUGGUUCAGCGACCAUGCUCAAGGCCCACCUCGUCAGUAACGAGACCCUCGCGCAGAUCUGCAAGCGCGAGGGUCUCAUGGAGAACCUGCGCGCGGCCCCGUCGACGCUCUACACCGUCCAAGGCCAGGUCAAGGCGCAGGCGUCCGUCUUCGAGGCGUACAUUGCUGGUGUCUUCUAUGACUUCAUCUGCAGCCCCGUGCCCGGCGGAUACAACGAUGACGACAUGUCUGUUAGGGUAACCGUCGACGGCGAGUCGGCCAGAGACGACCUGAGCUCGUACGGCAUGGUUCUCGACGAAGCCAAGAGCGUUGACCUCCACCAGGAGGAAGGCUCUGCCAACGGAGACAGCACGCCACCAGCUGACCGUCUUCGUUCCUUUGCCUCACGCACCAGCCGCGCCCCAAGCCGUGCAGCGUCAGUCACCCCCGCUACCGACGCGGUCGAGUCGCUGUACCAGCCCACGGCCCCUCCCACUCGCCUUCCGCCGCUCGACGAUCCGCGUCUGCGCACCAAUGGCCAGGCAAUGGACUACGUCGCACAUUUCUUCCGGCCGCUUUUCACUCCCGUCGCUCACUUCGCCUUCAAAUUUAUGCGCGAGAAGGCCGAGGAGCUCGAGAACACCAAGGGUGCGAGAGGAACCGACGAGCCCCUCGACGACGCACUUACGGCCGGAGCCGCCGCCGGCCUCAACACCUACUGCAUGCAGGUGGAGAGACAGAUGCCGCAGUACAGCUACAUGUCCAAGGACACCGAUACGUGGGAGUGUGAGUGCAUCGUCAACAUCAACGGCGCACAGUACGCGUCCGCAGCCAUGCGCAGAACUAAGAAGGCCGCUAUGGGCGUAGCUGCGUGGAAGAUCGGCAAGCAGCUCGGGCUCGGCUGGGCACGUGUCGAGUAG